GCACGUGCUACACCGACUCCCUCGUUUUCGAAACUCCGACCUUGAGAUUGCAUGUUCAAAGGGAAAACUCGAGGGUCCGUGUUCCGGAGCAAAAACGAUGGCGCCAGCAGCAACAAUUCGGUGGUGCGCAGUCAUGUCCGUUCUGAUGUCGUUUCUUCUCCUUUCCCCGUCAAUGGCGAUCUACUGCGACGAAGACGAUUGCUAUGAUCUCCUAGGGGUUUCACAGAGUGCCAAUUCUUCGGAAAUCAAGAAAGCUUACUAUAAGCUCUCACUGAAAUAUCACCCGGAUAAAAACCCGGAUCCUGAAUCGAGAAAGAUCUUUGUCAAAGUUGCCAAUGCCUAUGAGAUUUUGAAGGACGAAGCGACGCGGGAGCAAUACGAUUAUGCAAUUGCACAUCCAGAGGAGGUAUUUUACAAUACAGCUCGUUACUAUCAGGCAUAUUAUGGUCAUAAAACAGAUCCCCGUGCUGUCCUGGUCGGCCUUCUUUUGGUUCUCUCUGGAUUUCAGUAUCUCAAUCAGUGGACAAGGUAUAACCAGGCUGUGGAAAUGGUCAAGAAAACACCUGCUUACAAAAAUAGGUUACGAGCCUUGGAACUUGAGCGUAGUGGAGGAGCUACAAAUAAGAAGAAGACUCACAAGCUGACGAAUAAAAAAAUCGAAGAAGAUUUCAGCCAAGAACUUGACCUGCAGAUAAAGGGAGCCGAAAAGCCCUCCAUCUGGGGACUUCUUGGUGUCCGUUUCCUACUCCUACCUUAUACAAUUGGAAAGCUAUUGUUAUGGUCUGGUUGUUGGUUUUGGAGAUACAAGGUGAAAAAAGCUCCAUAUUCUUGGGAAGAUGCAUCUUACCUUACACAAAGGUCCCUCGGAGUUCCUCUUGAUGCGUGGAUAAAUAUUGAUGACUCCACAAAGGAAGAUCUUGUUCAACGACGUUUAUGGGAGAAAUCCAACAUGGAGAGCUACCUAUCCGAGAUGCGGAAAGAAUCAAAGCGAAGGAGAUAAACAGGCUUUGCUUUGCUAUACUCUGAAAUACCGACGACAAACUUCUGAUACAAGUCCAACAUACACAGGAGUUUUUUACCCAUAAUGUACGAAGAAACAGAAACAGUAGUAUUUGGUUUCUAGGAAAAAGGCAGAGUAGGAUCAUUGUUUCGAACCCCCAACUUACCAACCUUUUUAAGCCUUCAGAAUCUCAGAUGUGAACUUCUGUGUAGUUGGUUUAAUGGGUCAAUAGUUCUUGAUGUGAGGUUCUUCAAACCGAUCUUGGUGGGUGGCAUGGCAGGCUGAGGUAACUUUUCAGGCUUGUUCCCUCUCUUUGCUUCGCUUCUGACAUAUAUUUGGUGAUGAUACUUUUUAAACCGAUUCUUGGGAGAGCCAUUAUAUUGCUAUUAGCCUA